CAAAUUUCACAACACUGGCCGCAGCUGUUGAUGAGAUAGGAGGCAGCACACAAUAAAGGAAAAACAAGUCUCUGUCUGCAAAUUAAAUUUAAAUAGUAUUUCUUGAAAACAUAGCGCAUUGCUGCAAAUCACAUUGAAAAUGUCCAAACUACUGGGAGUGCCACUGAAGAAGCCAUCAGAGGUGGACAUAAUAAAGCCACUGAACAAUCUAAUACAAAGCACCUACAAUGGAGCCAGUGCCGAAGAGAAGGCGCAGUAUGCGGAGGCAGUAAAUGAGUUUUCAAAGCAACGCAAUACGGCGAUUUGGAAGUUUUUCGAAAAGUAUGAGACAUCGCUGGAAAUCGUCUAUGCCUACUACGACCAAAUAACCGCACUGGAGACAAAGAUAUCUGCCAGUGAGCUGCAGAUACCCUUCAAGUGGAAGGAUGCAUUCGACAAAGGCUCCAUUUUCGGUGGCAAGAUUAGUCUGACUCACACCUCGCUGCUGUACGAGAAGGUGUGCGUACUCUUCAACAUUGCCGCCUUGCAGAGCAGUGUGGCUGCCAGCCAGGACCUGGACACGGACGAAGGCCUCAAGCUGGCCAUAAAACUGUUGCAGCAGAGCGCGGGCAUUUUCCAGUACCUGAAGAGCGCCACACCCGCAGCUGUGCCCUCGGAGCCGACGCCAGAUUUGAGUCAGGAUGCGCUGAAUGUGCUGCAGGCCCUGAUGGUGGCACAGGCCCAAGAAGUCUUCAUACUGAAGGCCAUUAAAGACAAUAUGAAGGAUCAGAUCAUAGCUAAACUGUGCUGUCAGGGCGAGGAGUUCUAUGCGGAUGUGCUGCGCGCCAUGCAAAAGGAGUCGGUGCGCCGUCUCUGGGAGAAAGAGUGGAUACCCACAGUCGCUGGAAAGCAGGCGGGCUUCCAUGCGCUAACGCAGCUUUACCAGAGUCUCGUCUGUCGGUCGGCCAAGCGGAUUGGGGAGGAAAUCGCCCGUCUGCGCAAUGCCGUCGACCUGUUCAAGGCCGCGCAAUCUCGUGGCGGCAACGAGACCUAUCUGGAUGAGUACUUCAGUCGCGCCAAGCGCAAUCUGGCCGAGUCCACCAAGGACAACGAGUUCAUUUAUAAUGAGAUGAUACCGGAGCUGAGCACAUUGGCCUCGCCCGGCAAGGCACAGCUGGCCAAGCCGCUGCCUCUGGCCACGCCUAUGGCCUCGAACUUUAAGGACAUCUUCAGCGCCCUGGUGCCCGUGGAGCUGCACCGUGCGCUGACCGCAUCUGAUAUGCGCAAGAAUGAGAUUGUCAACACCGAAAUCAUGAAGCUGCGCGAGGCAACCCAAACCCUGAACGCGGUGCUGGCCAGCCUCAAUCUUCCUGCUGCCGUGGAGACGACUGAUAGCAACAGCGGCUUGCCGCCAUCGUUGCGCGAGAAGGCGAACGAGGUGCGUGAGAAGGGCGGCAUUGAGCACUUGAAGACAAUGCUGAAGGAUUUGCCGGAGCUGCUUAAUCGCAAUCGCGAGAUCUUGGAUGAGACGGAACGGCUGCUGGAUGAGGAGCGCGACUCGGACAAUCAACUGCGCGCACAGUUCAAGGAGCGCUGGACACGCAUCAGCUCUGACAAGCUCACCGAAAUGUUCCGCACCAAUUCCAAGAAGUACCGCGAGGUCAUCACCAAUGCCAUCGAGGCCGACAAGGUGGUGCGCCAGAAGUUCGAGGCCAACCAGAAGGGCAUUGAGCUGCUCUCGAUGCCGCCGGAGCAAAUACAGCAAUCGCUGCCAUCCGCCAGCGGCAGCGUGGAUCCCAACUGCUCCAGUGUGCAGCGCCUCAAGCAGCUGAUGGAGGCCGUUGAGACGAUCAAGGCGGAGCGCGAUGCUGUUGAGUUGGAGCUGAAGUCGGCCACAUUCAACAUGAAGGACGAGUUUCUGCGUGCCCUGCAGAAAGAUGGCGCCAUCGAUGAGCCAGCCCUGUCGCUGUCCCGCAUUGGCCAGGUGCUCAGCCCACUGCAGGCCCAGGUCAAGGAGAGCGUGGAGCGUCAGGCAACGCUGGUCGCUGACAUACAGAGCGCCCACGGCGCCUUCGUGGCCGAGACGGGCAACUGCGGCAGCUCUCGCGACAAACUGUACCAGGAGCUGGCCACCGCCUACGACAGCUACAUCGAGCUGUCUGGCAAUCUGCAGGAGGGCACCAAGUUCUAUAAUGACCUCACCCAGCUGUUGGUUGUGUUCCAGAAUAAGAUCAGUGACUUUGUGUUUGCGCGCAAGACCGAGAAGGAGGAGCUGCUCAAGGAUCUGACCACCGAGUCCAGUCGCCAGGCACCGCCGGCCACUCCGGCUCUGCCAUCACAUUAUGCCUCUACGUCGGGCAGCGGCAGCGAUAUUCCAAAUGCCCCAGCAACAGCUGCUGCACCUGCAUCGAACGUUCCGUAUCCGGCCCAGGUGCACAUGCCGCUGCCCUAUGGCGCCUCGGCUAACGUGCCGUAUCCCACAUAUGUACCACCGCCCAUGCCGCAGAGCUUCAAUCCCUAUGCCACGUUGCCAUAUCCAGGCGCACCCUAUCAGUAUGGAGGCUUCCCGCAGGGACCACAACCCGGCAACUAUGGCACAUAUCCCGGCAGUUAUGCUCAUCAACAGGGCGGCUAUCCCAAUCAGAAGCCUCCCGGCUGGUAAACUGAGGAAUCGCAUACAAUUAUCUCGCACUGUGUUUAGCCAGCGGUUCUAUUGCAUAUUAUGUUAUUCAUGAAUUUAGAAUCUAUCUAUUGUAUGGCAUUUAAUGCUCCUCCUUUCCACUAUCCCCUCCCAUUUGGUUCUGCUUCAAAUUGUGUUAUAGAACAAAUAUGAAUGCUUAUUGGAUUUUUAAUCUCAUAUAAUCAAGUAUCACAAUAAACGUUCCGUCUUAGCUCUGUAA